AUGAAGGGAAAGGUGAGGAAAACGAAAUCACAAACGGUGUUGAGAAGGAGUAAACGAUUGGAGGCUCGGGAUCAGGAGGUAAAGGAUGAAAGACGAAGGACCAUGAUACAAGGGAAACGCAGAUGGAAAGUGAAAGCCGGGACUGUGGAGAAACCUAGUCAGAAUGUGAAAGUCGGGACUACUGCGAAGAAGGAAAUGAACCGAGAAAAGGCGGAGGCAAACGAUGACGAGGAGGAUGAGGUAUCAGAAGAACUGGGUGAAACCCCUAAUCAGGAGGAAGAUGACUCGGAGGAGAUGGAAGAGAAUAUUGGAGAAGAAAACUUGACGUUGGACCAGUUAAGGGAGACGCUUCAUCGUGAACGAGAACGGGACCGAGACUUGGCGGAACAACAGGUGCAGUUGGUAAGGCAUAAUGCUAGGUUGAGGCAACAAAACCGGCAACUUAACGAAAACGUGGAGAUGAAUGCCAUAGAUUCAGAAGGAAACACUGUAUCUUCGGAGGAAGAUGAACUACGACGAAGGAGAUAUGACCACGAGGAAGAUGGGGAAGGACAAAGUAAAGGAGACGAGGGACGGAGGGAGAGUAGCAUCGACAGAAACUACUUCGUAAAAUUUACUUCGUCAUGA